AUGAGUAGCUUUAGUUUACAACGCGACCCAUUUAACCGUCGGUAACGGUAACGGCGUUGUAACGGUGGAAAUAGUAAUCAGUUAGAUUACCGUUACUGAAAAAAUAUAGUAGUAACGCCAUUUAUGUUAACGCCGUUAUUCCCAUCACCGGUCACCGCCCAGUCCCUCUCCCUGCAGCACUGGCAGUACAACAAAACAAGCGCGCCUCAUUACGGCGAGUCCACAGGGAGAAGGAGCCCACAACCAUAACGGUGCUAGGAGAGGGAGAGGACGACAACGCACCAUUAUAAACGAAUUAUCACCGAAACAUCCAGAUAAAAGGCGUCCGUUAACGGGCUAUGAUGGGGAGGCCGUGUGAGUUCACACUCGUUUCCAUCCUUAUUUUAUUCCUCUUAAACACUGAGACAACAUGGGCUAAGAGAGGUGGCAGCAGUGGUGGCAGUAGAGGAAAAUCAUCAUCAUCAUCAUCAUCAUCAUCAUCCUCCUCAUCCUCCAGCAACAGGGGUGGGACACACUCUAAACCAUCCAGCUCUCAGCCAGGAAACUACCCACGGCAGCCACAGAGCCCCAACCGAAACACCAACCCCUACCCAGGCGGAGGAAGUUAUCCACAAGCAGGGACUGGAGGAGGAUAUCCUAGACAAAACCCACCAAGUUAUCCAGGAGUUGGCAGCAAUCCUGGAGGAUAUCCAAGGCAGAAUCCAGGAAGCUAUCCUGGAGCUGGUAGCUACCCCAACCAGUAUCCUGGUCGAGCCAAUCCUGCAGGCUAUCCAAACCAGAACCCUGCUGGAGGUUAUCCAGCAGGCGGCUAUCCCAACCAGAACCCAGGAAGAGGGAACUAUCCAAAUCAGUAUCCAGGUGCUGGAAGUUACCCAGGAGGUGGUAGUUACCCCAACCAGUAUCCAGGAAGGAAUUAUCCCAAUCAGUAUCCAGGAGCAGGUGGCUAUCCUAACCAGUACCCUGCAGGUGGUUACCCAGUCAGAGGGGGGAACACUGGACAGGGUUGGGGUCAGGGUGGUGUGAAUCCAGGAGGAUACCCUAGUUACGGGGGUGGAUAUGGUGGUGGGUAUGGGGGCGGAUAUGGUGGUGGGUAUCCAGGUGGUUACCCCAACUGGAACCCAAAUAAUAAGAUCCUGAGUCCCCGCUAUGGUGGUGGUUAUGGGUACGGAGGGUAUGGGAUGGGAGGGGGGGGCUCUCCUUUCUCUCGUUCAGUUCAGAGUAUGGGAUACCAACCUAAGUCAUCAGGAUUUGCCAAAAAAGCCAUGUUAGCUGCAGGCGUUGGGGCUGUUGCUGGAAUGGCUGUUGGCUACGGACUCGGCCGUUUCCCACGACCACAUUUCAACUUCCGCAACCCCGAAGAAGAGCAGUACUACAACAACUACAUGUACCGCCGCUACGGCACCCAGUCCACAGACCAGAAAGACUACGGACGGGAUUACGUUUACAAGCCCCCACCUCGAGCGGAGACUUAUGAGAGCUUCAUGGACAAAUGCAUGAAUAAGACCGGCCCUGUUAAAGAUCAGAGCAGCUCCACUCCUGCUCCUAAGGAGGAAGAUGACGACACCGUCAGCAUCGAGGAGAUUGGAUACCCAGCCCUAGUUGAGCAAGUGAAGGCCAGGCGCUGUGUUGAAAAGUACAUGGAUUACUCUUCGCGCUUUCUGGAGGAACGAAAAGCUGAACCACAAUACAUGCCGCCAGCUCAAGGGAGGAGCCCCUCGAGCUACAGCAUGAUGCAGCUCUUCUCUUCCAUCUGUGUGCUUCUGUCUAGCAUGCUCAUCCUCCAGUAAAAACAAUUAUCCUCCUUCUGCCAGACCCCAAAUGGAUUUCUUCCUCCUCCAUUAUAUCUGCACGUCUGCAUAGUGCUAAGGUAUAUUAUUCCCAUGGUAAAUGAUAGCAGUACACUUGCAAGCGCUUAUGGUCAGUCAGUCAUUUGCUAUACUA